UCUUUCUCAUUCCAUCUGCACAAGCAUUACUUCUUUUUGUCCCGACCGACCGAGUCUCGAUCUCACCUCUCGGACGCGAGAAACCCUGCCUCAUAUCCCCCGGCAUAAGCUCCAACUUUACAUGCCACCCAUGGAGCAUUUCUAGCCACAUCGACGACUAUAAUAUCUGGCUUUCCGUCACGCCAAUUCUCUCGGCUUCUCUUCUCUUCAACGGUGUUGCUUGUCUCACACCUUGUCAAACUUGGCUUCAGACUUGGGUGACACUUGCUCAGCACGUCAUCAAUCUAUUUUCCUUCCAGCGUUCGUCUUUGUGCAAUAGCGGACCGGCACCAUACCCCCUAGCGAGACCAGCAGUCUCAUAUAUUCCUUGGACAAAUCCUCCCCUGCCACACGCAGUUCCAGACUGUCCGUCCAAUCGUUCUCCUCCAUCUCGCCACACCUCGGAACGGGGGGCCCUGGCUAUUAGGUAGCGGAAGCUGCUAUAGCGUGAUCGCUCUGCCAACCUCACCAAAAUGCCCUCUUCUGCAUCAAAGGCUGGCCACACGGCUGCCAAGUAUCUUGGAAUUAAAGUCCAUGAGAAUCGUGCCCAGGAGGAUGCCAUCACCAGAGGCGAAUCAACCUACUCCACCAAUACCAGCGAUACCUACGUUGAGGAGGAGCCUCGCACAGUCGAGUGGCUCCAAGACCUCGUCCCUACAUUUCCUCAGGUCAAGACCUAUUUCCGAAAUCUGUUCCCGUUCACUCGCUGGAUUCUGAGAUAUAACGUUCAAUGGCUCAUCGGAGAUUUGGUCGCUGGCAUUACUGUCGGAUGCGUUGUCGUUCCUCAGGGAAUGGCAUACGCCAAGCUGGCACAGCUUCCUGUUGAGUUCGGCCUCUACUCAUCCUUCAUGGGAGUUCUCAUCUAUUGGUUUUUUGCCACCUCCAAGGACAUCACUAUCGGCCCUGUUGCCGUCAUGUCCACCAUUGUCGGAAACAUUGUCCUGAAAGUUCAAGAUGAGCAUCCCGAAAUUCCAGGUUAUGUUGUGGCAUCUGCAUUAGCCAUCAUUUGUGGUGCCAUUGUCCUCUUCAUCGGUCUCAUUCGAUUCGGUUGGAUCGUCGAGUUCAUUCCGUUGAGCGCCAUUUCAGCCUUCAUGACUGGAUCGGCCAUUAGCAUUGCCGCGGGCCAGGUUCCCAAUCUGAUGGGUAUCAAAGUGCAGGGCUUCAACACUCGUGAUCACACCUUUAUGGUCAUCAUCAACACCCUGAAGUAUCUUGGCCACACCAAGAUCGACGCCGCCAUGGGAUUGACUGCCCUAGCGAUGUUGUAUAUCAUCCGCUCCGCUUGCACUUUCGCCGCCAAAAAGAAUCCUUCGAGAGCAAAGAUGUUCUUCUUCAUUUCAACAUUGAGAACAGCUUUUGUCAUCUUGUUGUAUACCAUGAUCAGCUGGCUCGUUAACAGACACCGCCGUUCGGAUCCUCUAUUUGCCAUCUUGGGUAAAGUGCCUCGGGGUUUCCAACACGCUCAAGUACCUACCAUCAACACUGAAAUCAUCAGCUACUUUGCCAGCGAGUUGCCUGCCUCGGUCAUUGUUCUGUUGAUCGAACACAUUGCCAUCUCCAAAUCCUUCGGUCGUAUCAACAACUAUACAAUCGACCCUUCUCAGGAGCUUGUCGCCAUCGGCGUUACCAACUUGCUCGGACCUUUCCUAGGUGGAUAUCCAGCAACUGGUUCUUUCUCAAGAACUGCCAUCAAGUCCAAAGCUGGUGUCCGCACUCCAUUCGCUGGUGUCAUUACCGCUGUCGUGGUCCUCUUGGCCAUCUACGCACUACCAGCCGUGUUUUUCUACAUCCCCAACUCUUCCCUUGCCGCGGUCAUCAUUCAUGCUGUCCUUGAUCUCAUUACCCCUCCCAAGACCGUCUAUCAAUUUUGGCGUGUCAAUCCUCUUGAGACAGUCAUCUUCUUCGCUGGUGUCUUUGUCACCAUCUUCUCAUCCAUUGAGAAUGGCAUUUACACCACGAUUUGUAUUAGUGUUGCCGUUUUGCUCUUCCGCGUUGGAAAAGCACGUGGACACUUUGUCGGCAAGGUCAAGAUUCACUCUGUUCUCGGCGAUCACCUCGAAGAAGACAAAUUCCACGAUCAAGGACGAUCGUCAGACGACAGCGAGGAACGUAACAUUUUCCUUCCCUUGGACCACAACGAUGGCUCAAAUCCUUCCAUUGACGUCCAAUCACCCUACCCUGGAAUCUUCAUCUACCGAUUCAGCGAAGGUUUCAACUACCCCAACGCCAAUCACUAUACCGACCAUCUAGUCAAGUACAUUUUCGCCAACACACGGCGCACUAACCCCGACUCAUGGCCUCGUCCUGGUGAUCGACCAUGGAACAACCCGGGUCCUCGACGCGGACACAGAGAAGAAACCAACGACCAUCUCCCCACCCUCAAAGCCGUCAUCCUCGACUUCUCCGCUGUCAACAACGUCGACGUCACCAGCGUGCAAAACCUCAUCGACGUACGCAACCAACUCGAUCGAUACGCCACACCAGACGCCGUCCAAUGGCAUUUCGCCUCCAUCAACAACCGCUGGACCAAACGAGCCCUCGCCUCCGGCGGUUUCGGCUACCCAUCCCUCCCCACCUCAGAAUACCAUCGCUGGCGAUCAAUAUUCUCCAUCACCGAAAUCGGAGGCGAAAUCAACUCUGCCGCCACCGCUGCAGAACGUGAAACCAACAGAAGAUUAUCCGCUGCGCGUGAUGAGGAAAGUGCCAGAGAAGUCAAAAAGCAAGUUGCUGGUGGCGACGAUUCAAUUUCUGGAAGUGGAAGUGAUUUGAAUAAGGAAAUCACGAGGAGUAAAGCAUAUCUUCGAUCGGAUUCGAAGAAAUUGGCGAUUGUGCAGGGAAUCAAUCGUCCUCUUUUCCAUAUUGAUCUUACUUCGGCGCUGCAGUCGGCGAUUGCUAAUACUCAGCAAAUCGAGCAUGGGCGAUCGAAAGCUCAACAACAACAGCAGUUUGAUGAGGUUCCUAUUGAGAAGUUGAAGUAGGUGAUUGGAUGGGAGUCGAAUCUAUCCAUGGACUUGGGCCUGGAUAGGGAUUUUUGUUACGUUGUUGAUCACGAGAUAUACCAUACCAACCCUCGUCGAAGGGUAAUCGUUGUCGAAGCUAAGUAGAUUAUAAGGUUGAAAUAUACCUGAAUAAUGAGAGAUGACAUAUCGAUGAUUCAUUCAA